AUGAACCCGACAUACAUUGAGAACAAUAAACCUGUCGGCCUCCACACCCAGCGCUCGACCCGACCUGGCCGACCGAGUCUGGCCCAGCUUCGCCAAUCUCUCUCAAGGUCCUUCGCAAUCGCUACGGCCCUGGACUUCCCAGCCGACUCUGCGCGCGACAUUCACUCCUGGCUGUGCCUCGGUUCAGGCACAGGCGCAACUGACAAGAUGGCGCAAAUGCCGAUGCUCUCGGUGCCUCUCAAGGCUACCAACGAGAUCGACUGGGUUGCACCACUGAAGAACUACAUCCAGAACACCUAUGGCGAUGACCCAGAGCGCUAUGCUGAAGAGUGUGCCGCCCUCAACCGGCUAAGGCAAGACAUGAGAGGCGCUGGUAAAGACAGCACAGCCGGUAGGGAUUUACUCUACCGCUACUAUGGACAGCUGGAGCUCCUGGAUCUUCGAUUUCCCGUCGAUGAGCAACAUAUCAAGAUCUCCUUUACCUGGUUUGACGCUUUCACGCACAAGUCUACGGCGCAGUACUCCCUCGCUUUUGAAAAAGCCUCGAUAAUCUUCAAUAUUUCCGCCGUCCUAUCUUGCCAUGCAGCACUUCAGACUCGUUCAGAAGAAUCAGGUCUGAAGACUGCAUACCACUCCUUCCAAGCAUCUGCUGGCAUGUUCACCUACAUCAACGAGAACUUCCUCCACGCGCCCUCCUCGGAUCUAAGCCGAGAGACUGUCAAGACGCUUCUGAACAUCAUGCUUGCGCAGGCACAAGAGGUCUUCCUCGAGAAGCAGAUUGCGGACCAGAAAAAAGUUGGUCUUCUUGCCAAGUUGGCAAGCCAGGCUGGCGCUUUGUAUGUGCAGGCUAUCGACGGCGUGCAAGAAAAUGUGAACAAGGCCAUAUUCGAGAAAGUGUGGCUGUCAUUUGUUCAGGUAAGCCAACCAGCGCUGUCCCAGUACUUGACUCAAGUCCCUUCCUUGAUAGAUGCUUACGACCAACAGAUAAAAGCCAAUCUCAUGAACUCGAUGGCACAGUAUUUCCAGGCCAUGGCCGACGACGAUGCGAACUCGCACGGUAUCGCCGUUGCACGCCUGCAGGUGGCGGAGAGUCUAGCUCGGGAUGCUUACAGAACAGCAAGCAACUUCCCGUCAUCGGUUCCGCCGAGCUCGAACCUCACUGCUGAGACCGGCGGCCUCCUAGCAGAACUCACCAAGCGGCAUUUGUCCAGUGUGCAAGACAAGCUUGCAGAGCUCUCCAAGGACAACGAUUACAUUUAUCACCAGACGGUACCGGCCGAGGCCAGCGUCGCUCCCGUUCCCAAGCUACCAGCAAGCAAGCCGAUCCCUGUCAGCGAGUUGUACGCCGGUCAAGACAUCCAGCGAAUCACUGGACCAGAUCUCUUCGCCAAAAUUGUGCCCUUGGCCGUUACCGAAUCCGCAAGCAUGUACGACGAGGAGAAGGCGAAACUGGUUCGUGCCGAGACAGAGCGCGUAGACAUUGCCAACAGUGAAAUGGCUGCGAGUCUGGACUAUCUCAGACUCCCUGGAGCUCUCCAGGUACUUAAGGGUGGUUUUGAUCAAGAUGUGCUUCCGGACGAAGAUUUCAGGACUUGGUGUGUGGACGUCUCUGACCAAGAAGACCCGUCGUCGAUAUUUGAGACGUUGCGGUCCGAAAAAGAGAAGAUUGUGUCGAUCCUCGACCGUAGUGCGAAGCAGCUGGAUAUGGAGGAGAGCGUUUGCGAGAAGAUGCGUUCAAAGUAUGAGAAUGAGUGGACUCAGCAACCCAGCUCGAGGCUGACCACCACUCUGCGGAGCGACAUACGCAAUUACCGGGAAGCACUCGAGGAGGCCGCAAGGAGCGAUGGCCAGCUAGCCGCCAAAUUGCGACAGAACGAGCAAGAAUUCCAGGAGAUGCGGACAGCCGCACAGCACGGCGAGAUCGACGCCCUGUUUCAAAGCGCGGUCAAUAAAGUGCGGGGGAAGUCGAGCAACAUCACCAGCCCGGCAGGCGGAGAGCCCAACCUGCUCGAUGAUGAUUUUGACGAUGCUGGUCCAAGCGUUGUGGACCAGAUCAGCAAGGUCGAGGAUAUUCUCAAGAAGUUGAAUCUGAUCAAGCGCGAACGAAAUCAGGUCUUGAAAGAUCUAAAGGAGAAGGUCCACACCGACGACAUCUCGCAAAUAUUGAUCCUGAAUAAGAAAUCGAUCGCAAACUAUGAAAGCCAAUUGUUCAAAUCCGAGCUUGAGAAAUUCCGGCCUCAUCAGAAUCGCCUGGUGCAGGCCACGCACAAGCAGUCUUCUCUCAUGAAAGAAUUGACAGUGACAUUCAACAACCUUCUGCAAGACAAGCGUGUCCGGGCGGAGCAGAGCAAGUAUGAGACGAUACAACGCCAGCGCGCCUUGGCUGUCAACAAGUACAAACGUGCCUACCAAGAGUUCUUGGAUCUUGUGGCCGGACUUCAGAGCGCAAAGCGAUGGUAUACGGAAAUGAAGGAGACAGUGGAAAGCCUUGAGAAGAAUGUGGAUAGCUUUGUCAACAAUAGGCGAUCCGAGGGCGCGCAGCUCCUGAACCAGAUCGAACAAGACAAAGCUACAAAUAAGACUGCACAGGCUGAGGUCGAGAGAGACCGUCUGCGCGGGCUCAUGGAGCGGAUGUCGAUGGAGCCUGCGUCCUCGCCAAAGCCUCCUUCCAACCGACCAACGCCAGCACCUCUGUUCUCGCCGGGAGCUGCCCCGAGAUACCCCCAGACCACCUUUUCUGGCCAGUACCAAGUCCCUAAUUCUCCUCCGCCCAAUCAGGCGAACAUGGCGGGAUCGUAUAUGCAGCAGUCCGGUCAGUACCCCUCGCAGGCUGCAUAUAACCCCAGUGCGCAUGGACGUAUUCCAGGCCCGGCAUCUCCGCCACCAACUCAGUCAAGCUUUGGAAUCAACGCCAUGCGGCCAAACCCGGCCUCCCCCCCGCCCACACAAACCACGUUUGGUCAGCCCGGCAGGCCGUUCUCCACCUACGGCAACCCUCAGGCUGCGCAGCAGCAACAGCAGCAGCAUACCUUCGUGCCAGCUAAUUUCGUACCUCCACCACCUCCUCCGGGGCCUCCCCCAUUAGGGCCUCAGCAAACGUACCACGUUGGUUCCAGCGACUACUACAAUCAAAACCGGCCAGGCUCGACUCAGCAGCAGCAGCAGCAGCAUCAGCAGUCCCAGAAUCCUGGUGACCCAUGGGCCGGCCUCAGUGCCUGGAAGUGA